GAGAGAUGAGUGACAGUGGUCCAGUUCAUCCAGGCCUCCCUGCAGGGCACUGUGUUUCAGAGCUGACAGAAAGUGGCCAUGAGCCCAACCAGGAUCUGAACCUUUCUGUGGAACAAGGAAGUAGCAGAAGCCGAGCAAACUCUCCAUCUUCUCAGUCCCCCGAUCUUCCAAACCUGCAUAAAGGUGAAUUGUCAGCCAAGGGCCACAGUGGGUCUGAAGCCUGGAGCAGUUCUUUCCUGAGAUCAUCUUUGACUUCAGAAACCCCUGUGCAGAAGGAAGCUCACAGUGCAGCUGAGCAGCCCGAGCAGCAGGCCGAGUCCAGCCUGCCCUCCGCCGAGACCAGGGCAAACAAGAAGAAGAAGAAACUUCGGAAGAAGAAAACGCUCCGGGCUGCCCACAUUCCGGAGAACAGCGACACAGAACAGGAUGUGUUUAUGGCUAAACCUGUAAGGAAAGUAAAAGCUGGGAAGUUCGCUAAAGGGGGCAAAGUAACAACCUCUACCUGGGAAGACAGCAGACCCCGGCCCGAGCAGGAGAGCGUGAGAGAUGAGCAAGAGAGCUUCAGAGAUGAGCAGGAGAGUGACUCGUCUCUGGAAGUCCUAGAAGUGCCUAAUCCUCAGUUAGAAGUGGUAGCCAUCGAAUCGUCUGAAUCUGGCGAGGAGAAGCCAGACAGCCCAUCCAAAAAGGAUACUUGGAACUUGGCCCAGCAAAACCCACUGGGAGCUUCUCGCUCUGGGUGUGAUGAAGUGAGCUCUACCAGUGAGAUCGGCACUCCCUACAAGGACGGCGCCCCCGUGAGCGUGGCAGAAACUCAGACUGUGAUCUCCUCCUUAAAAGGAUCAAAAAACUCUUCAGGUAAUUGCUCCAUGUAAAAGCAGCCAUGG